AUGUCAGUCCUACUAGAGACAUCAUUAGGAGACAUCGUCAUCGACUUGGAAGUAGACGCAUGUCCAAAGACAUGCCAGAACUUCCUCAAGCUUUGUAAAGUUUAUUACUAUAACCUGAACGCGUUCUUCAAUGUAUCCAAAGACUUCCUAGCCCAAGCUGGUGACCCGACUGCAACGGGAACAGGCGGUGAAUCCGUCUGGUCACUCAUUGCCUCCCAGCAAAACAAACCAGGCGUGCAACGCUACUUCGUCCCCGAACUUAUUCCACACUUCAAGCACACGCACAAGGGCACCGUCUCCAUGGCUGUCGCACCUGCACUUGAGGGCCAACAAGGUGGCUGCGGUAGCCAGUUCUUCAUCACGCUUACGGAUAGGAUCGACUAUUUGGAUGGCAAACAUGCGGUUUUUGGACAUGUUGUGGAAGGACUUGAGACACUUGAUAAGCUUAAUGAUGUGUUUACGGAUCAGGAUGGAAGGCCGUUGAAGGAUGUGAGGAUUCGGCAUGUUGAGAUUCUUGACGACCCAUUUGAUGACCCAGAAGGACUAGUCAUACCAGACUCCCCACCCACAAAACCUCCAGACAACUCAACCCGCAUCGCCGAGGAUGAAGACCCACUCACCACCCUCCCAGAAGAGGAAGAAGAAAAAGAACGUCGAAAACGAGCAGCAGCAGCCUCCGCACUCACACUCGAGAUGGUAGGGGAUCUUCCCUUCGCGAACGUUCGACCACCCGAGAAUGUGUUGUUUGUGUGUAAAUUGAACCCGGUGACAAGAGACGAAGAUCUCGAGCUUAUUUUCUCCCGGUUUGGGACGAUUAUGAGCUGUCAGGUUAUUAGGGAUAAACUUACGGGUGAUUCGUUGCAAUAUGCGUUUAUUGAGUUUGAUAAACGGGAAGAUGCUGAGCAGGCAUAUUUCAAAAUGCAAAAUGUCCUUAUAGAUGAUCGACGUAUCUGGGUUGACUUCUCACAAUCCGUCGCGAAACUCAACACCCACUGGUCAAACGACGUCAAGGUCGGUCCUCGUGGGGGAAGAAACCGCAACAGGGACGGUUUCGCAGGACGAGAAGACCUCGAAGCCACACGUCGGUAUCGCGCGUCCGAAGACCGGAAUGGCGGAGGUGACAGGUAUGGAAUGGUGUUUGACGUUGGUGAGAUGGAUGGCAAGCAGAGACAUAGGAGUAGGAGCAGGAGUCCUCCGAGGAGAGACGAGCGGAAACGGAGGUCACCUCCGAGAGAACGUGUACGGGAGAGGGACAGGUAUGAUGAUCGGGAACGUGACCACCGUCGACGUCGUUCAAGGAGUAGAGAUCGUUAUGAUAGACGGCGGUGA